GACCAGCCGCUUGACGUGUCUGACCGUUACUUUCUUGUUCGGAUGAAGACCGCAUGGAUAUGAGUCAGGACUUUUUUUUUAAAAAAAUGAACAACUCCUUCUACGAGGUUAUCAGGAAGAGGAAUAAUAGACCCACAGGAAAAUCCAAUGAGACAUCUGUCACAGAGUGGGAAAAGACCAACAUCAACAUCAAUGCGACUGGAAAAGCCCUAAGUGACCCCCUACAUACUCAACUAGAAUUUGGGGAGAUGUUGAUUUGAUUUAUUAUUGUCACAUGGACCUGGGUACAGUGAAAAGUUCUGUUUUGCACAUUCACCUGCUCCUCCUGUUGAAAGGGAUUGAUGCAGGGGGUAAACAUGCUGACCCGCCAGCAAGUUCGAAAUAGUGAGAGGCAGUUCACCACCAGCUCUGCAUGCGGGAAGAGAUUCAGCGGGUCAGCGCAUGUUGCAGAGCACCAGCAAGUCGACAACAGCGAUAAGCCCUUUGGGUGCUCUCAGUUUGGGCAGAGAUUCACUCAGCACCCCCGCGACAGCGAGCACCAGCUGGUUCAACCGGACAAGAGGCUUUUUAAAUGUUCCGAAUGCGAGAAGGUUUUUAAAAAGAGCAGCGGCCUGCUGAUUCACCGGCGCACUCACACGGGAGAGAGACCAUUCGCUUGCUCUGAAUGCGGGAAGAGAUUCACACGUUUGUUCCACCUUCAGAUACACAACCAUGUUCACACUGGGGAGAGGCCAUUCACUUGUCCGAUGUGCGGGAAGGGAUUCGUUCAGUCUUCUGACCUUCUGAAACACAAGCGAGUUCACACGGGGGAGAGGCCAUUUGCCUGCUCCAAGUGUGGGAAGAGGUUUGCUGAUUCGUCCCACCUCCUGACACACCAACGAGUUCACACUGGGGAGAAACCAUUCACCUGCUCAGAGUGUGGGAAGAGUUUCCCUCGUUUUUCCCACCUUGUGAUACACAAGCGUGUUCACACCGGGGAGAGGCCGUACGUUUGUGCGGUGUGUGAGAAAGGGUUUACUUGUUCUCACCACCUGCAGAAACACCAGUCUGUUCACACUGGGAACAGGGCCUUUAGCUGCUCUCUGUGUGGAAAAUGUUUCACUCAGUCAUCCAGCCUCCAGAGACAUCAACGCACUCACACUGGGGAAAAGCCAUUCACCUGUCCCGUGUGUGGCAAGAAAUUUGCUCAGUCGUCUGAAUACACUGAACACCAACGUGUUCACUCUGACAACAGGCCUUUUAAAUGCUCCGAAUGCGAAAAGACCUUUAAGAGAAAGCAUGAUUUACUGAAACAUCAAUAUGUUCACAGUGGGGAGAAGCCUUUCCCCUGUUCCGAAUGCGGCAAGAGAUUCAUUAAUUCAUCUGAUCUGGUGCGACAUCAGGGCACCCACACGGGAGAGCGGCCGCUCACCUGCUUCAUGUGUGGGAACGGAUUCAGUGACUCAUCCCACCUGUUGAGACACCAGCGAAGUCACACUGGGGAGAGGCCGUUCACUUGCUCCGUGUGUCAGAAGGGAUUCACGCACUCAUCCAGCCUGCUGAGACACCAGCGUGUGCACACCGGGGAGAGGCCGUUCACCUGCUCGGUGUGCGAGAAGCGAUUCACUCACUCGUUCAACCUGCUGCGACACCAGCGCGUUCACACUGGGGAGAGACCAUUCACCUGCCCUGUCUGUGGGAAGCGCUUCACCCGCUCCUUCAGCCUGCUGGCCCACCGGCGGAUCCAUACGGGCGAGCGGCCCUUCACCUGCCAGGUCUGCGGCAAGGGCUUCACCCAGUCGUGCAACUUGCUGACCCACCGGCGGGUCCACACGGGCGAACGGCCCUUCCCCUGCCAGGUCUGCGGCAAGCGCUUCCGGGUCUCCAGCAGCCUGGCCCGGCACCGGCGGGUCCACACGGGCGAGCGGCCCUUCUCCUGCCGGGUCUGCGGCAUGGGCUUCACCCAGUCGUCCCACCUGCUGGCCCACCGCCGGGUCCAUACCGGGGCUGGGCCCUUCUCCUGCCGGGUCUGCGGCACAGGCUUCACCCACUCCUCCGGCCUGCUGACCCACCAGCGGGUCCACACCGGGGAGCGGCCCUACACAUGCCCCCUGUGCGGCAAGGGCUUCAGUCAGUCGUCCAACCUGCUGACCCACCAGCGGGUCCACACGGGCGAGCGCCCCUUCCCCUGCGGGCGCUGCGAGCGCCGCUUCAAGGUCUCCUCCCACCUGCUGCGGCACCAGCGGGUCCACGCUGCCGAGCGCCCAGCCACUAGGGACGCCGGCGAGCAGGAGGUCGCUGCCCUCGGCCCCCCCUGAGCGCUCUGCCGAGGGAGGGAGGGAGGAGAUCUUUCUUUCGCGCGCGUGCGCGCGCACACACACACACGCACACAUAUUCACACACACUCACAC